AUGGACUACGAUCGCAACGAUGCGCUCCUUCACUGGCUAUUUCGCCAAACCCAAGGCGACGCGUGGUUUCGCCCCAACGAGGAGAAUAUAUCUUCGGGUGUUGCACUGAGAAUAAGUGAUGCCGCAAACGCAUCUUCGCCUGAAUUCCGUGUCUUCCCUUACGAAAACGCGAGCCUGGAGCCCUUCGAGACGGCCGUGUGCGCGCUCAACCCGGUCGUGGCAGUCAAAGUGCGCAGUGCGGCUGUGCAUGCUGCGUUGGCGGAGGUGUAA